CUGCUCUGCAUGUUUGUUUUCUUAUCACGGAAGCUGCCGUUAUAAAGGCUUGCUGGCUUAUACCUGUGACAUCAAGAUCAAGACAUGUCGUGUGUCCUGCGCCUCAACAAAUAUGCGUCAAAAUUGUUCCAAGCGACGUGCCAGCGAGGGAUCCACCUGUCCAGGACGUCAGAGCACCAAGUGAUGGUCGAUGGAUUGCAGCUGAAUUAUGAAGUGGCUGGUACGGGUGACAAGGUUGCUUUCUGCCUUCCUGGAGCUUUAGGUACUGCCAAGUCAGACUUUGGACCCCAGCUGAGUUCCUUGGCUGGAGACAAGCUGACUGUCAUUAGUUGGGACCCGCCAGGCUAUGGAAAAAGUCGUCCUCCGCCUCGUAAUUUCUGCAAGGACUUUCUGAGGAAGGAUGCCAUAUUAGCAUCUCAGAUGAUGGAGACGUUGGGUCAUGGCAAGUAUGCACUGCUGGGCUGGAGUGAUGGUGGGAUUACUGCUCUAAUGAUGGCUGCAAUGUUUCCACACCAAGUGUCGGAGAUGGUGGUGUGGGGUGGUAAUGCCUUCUUGACUGAGGAGGACAUCAACAUUUACAAAAAUAUCCGAGACAUCAACAAGUGGUCUGAGAGGAUGAGAGCACCACUGGAAGCAAUAUAUGGCAAGGAGUACUUCAGAGCCACGUGGGAAGGUUGGGUGGAUGCCUUUGUCAAGGUUUAUGAAGAAGAAGGCGGAGACUUGUGCUUAAGCGACUUGGAGAAGAUUUUGUGCCCUACUCUCAUUGUUCAUGGUAGGAAGGACCCGAUGGUGCCUUGUCAGCAUGCGGAGCACCUUUCUGAAAAUAUAAAAACAGCCGAGUUAGUGUAUAUGGACGAUGGGAAACACAACAUUCAUCUUCGCUAUCCUGAGGAGUUCAACAAACUUGUCAUGGAAUUUCUUCAUAGGAAAUAAACAUGGAUCUUUUGUGAUGGAUGUGCAGAGUAAUGUGCUCCAGUGCUCAUCAGAUUGAAGGUGCUAUUUUGAUAACUACUGCUUAAGACAGACAGCUGUUUGGUGGUUGACUGUCUAUCUACUGCUGACUUGGCUCAUCUCACUCAAGUCCUGCUGUCUCAUCUCCUUCCCUGCAAGAAGCAUCGAGUUCAUACCAAGAGUCUCUCUCUCUCUCUGUAAAAAGCAACAGUUUGGUUAAUAAAUAUACACGCAAUUUCCA